UAUGUCUAUUCGACUUUGAUCUGUACUUCAGUUGUGACAAAACUAUUUUCAUAAUUACUUUGUCUAUGCAAUAGUCUUUGUCUAGCAAUCAGCUCACCUGACAAAACAUUUAAACUUUUAACAUACUAUGCAUACCAUUCACCUAUGUAUGUAAUAUGUUAAAUAUGGAGUAUCUGCUGCCUCUCUAUGUAUGUAUUGUGGUGCAGAGUUUAACAUACUGAAAACAAAUCCCACUGGCCUUGGUCAUAUAGCUAAUAAACAACCUAUCUAUCUAUCUAUCUAUCUAUCUAUUUAAGACAUUGAUUACAUCAUACUGGUGGAGAAAGCGUUGAGGCUACUAUACUGUAGUCGCUCUUGAUAAAUAUGUAAUGUAUGAAUGUAAAUCUAAUAUAGAUGUCAAACAUACAGUUAUACUACUAUUCUUUAACCACGAUAGCCAGUAUAUUCUUCAAACGGGAAACAGGUAUGAUUAGGGUUACUGACAAAAAAUCGUGUAAUUUCAAUAUGCAUGACAGAAAGACACGCGUUAUUCAUAAACGCAAAGUUUGACCCUUCAAAGUUUCCGUAUGUUUGUGUUGGAUCGAGACCGAUGGAGACCUGGGACGACGAGGACGAAGAUGGCGGAGGAGCUAGAUAGAGUACGAAUAUCCGCUGCUGAGCUACGAGCAGAAGCUACAACGUUGGUCACACGUCGAGAAAAUAACAAAGAUUUACGAGAAGAUGGCAAACGGCAGAGACAGCGGGAGGUAAAGCGUCCAGAUAUACAGCGCUACCAUCCGGGUGCAGGGCACAGACGCAAAGAGAGCGUAGAGGCGGACGACUCACCGCAAAGCCCAUCCCAACCGGUCCUUACUCCAUAUAUGGAUGAGGCAAUGUCAAAGCUGGAAACGCCAGCCUUGGGGACAGUGGGAUCUCACAGUAGCCCCAAGCCCAGGGUUCACAGGGAGUCAAGCUGUCAGGACGAAGAUAUGUCAUCUACUGAGCAACGAUUAUUGGAUUCUGUCCUUAGCAACAACAGCACUGAGAGCAAAGGCACAGAAGCUUCUGGCAGGAAGGGUGCUGUGAAGGAAGCACAGGGUUCUGACCCUGGGACUCGAAAAACACGCAAGCCUGACCGUCAGAUAUACCAGGCCGGAAGCCGCAGGUCAAAGGACUUCAAAGACUCUGGUCCUAACAAGGACCCAGAGAAGGGCACCGUGGAUGUAGAGCACUCUGGCCCGAGCAGUGAGAUGGAGAAGGGGAGUAGGGAGGCAGAGCUAGGCCACACGGACGAGAACAAACAGGAGUCGCAGCCUGCCGGAAAGCCCAGGGACCGGGAGGAGAACAGAGGCUCGUCUGAGGUGCAGGGGAAAGGGAGGGAGGAGAACAGAGGCUCGUCUGAGGUGCAGGGGAAAGGGAGGGAGGAGAACAGAGGCUCGUCUGAGGUGCAGGGGAAAGGGAGGGAGGAGAAGGGAAGGGGCAGGCGAAGCAAGGACUCUAACAGGAGGCAAGAGCAAGGGAAGCCGGGGAAAAGAGACGGAGGGACGUCAGGUGUGUCCCAUGAGGACGCAGCUUGUGUGGACACCUUGAUGAGCAAAGUGGAGAAGCUGAGCAUGGGUGACUGUCCUGAGAUAGAGACGGAGGGAAAGAGGGGAGGGGAUGGCGAGGAGGGACAGAACAGGAGACGGAAAUCGGGCAACGAAGGCAGGAAGGGUCGAACUAGUGUGAGUGGAGCUGAAGUGACCACGACGCCGGAGGGUGGCAGCAGCAAAAAGAAGGAUAAGGGAACCCGCCGACCAAGAGGAGGGGAGAGAGCGUCCCAGUCGGACUCUGCGAAGAGAGACCCCGUGGAGGCAGAGAAGGGGAAAAGCGUAGAGAUGGCCCCAGAAGUAGGCAUGCUUAGACAGGCCAAGGGGAGAGAUAAGCAGCAGCAGCAGCAGAGAGAUUCUGACAGGCCACAACCUAGGGACAACAGGUUCAAAAAGAAGGAUGGCGAUGCAGAAAGGGUCACAGAAGAGGGUGACCGGAGCAAAGCAAACAGGCCCAAAGCAGUCACGCCAUCGAAGCGCUAUUCCAAAUCUGACAUCCGGCGGGCUAGAAACCGGACUUGCAGCACCAGCUCAGCCAGUAGUGGCACCAGCCUCGAUGGGCCACUAGAGGGCGAUAUGCGCAGAGCUCUACCCGGGCGUGGGGGAAUUCGGGACCGAGUAGAGGUGGGGUCCAGGGGGUCGGCGCCCCCCAUCUCCACUAGCAGAGCAACGGGAGAAAGGGGAGAUGGAAGACGGCCUAACGCCAACCACCAAAGGAGACGGACGAACAGAGACGUCUCUUCCUCUGACUCCCAUGAUGAGUUUGGUUGGCAGAAGGGGCGUCCUCGGAAAACGAGGGGCAGUGAUGAAGACUGGAGCCCAGAACGGACCCCGGAGAAAUCGGGCAGGGGCCAGAGAGGAGGCUCCGUUGGUGGCAGAGGUGGGAUCCUGAGAGUGGCGGUGAACAGGCAGACCGGUUCUUCCCACGCCGUCCCGGCAUCCGGUGAAGACCAGCCUAACAGGAGGCAGAGCGAGUUGCCUCGAGGAAGAGGCAGGGGCAUCCUGGUGCUGCCCGCUCACACCGACCUCACCAGGUCCCCCGAACCGGGGCCCAAGCUCUUUGGGGGAUUGAAGUGGGGCAGAGGAAGAGGAGGUCGCGGAGGCGGCACCAGGAGACUCUGGGACCCCAACAACCCCGACCAGAAGCCUGCCCUGGCUGCCCGCAGUCAGCUCUCCCAGCACGGCGUCGCCCAGCACCCCCUAUACAUGAUGCCACACGGUGGCUACGGCCCCCUGCAGUUCCUUGACACUGAUGACGAAGCCACCGGAAGUCCUCCAGUCCGCAAGGGGGAGCACUUCCAAGGCCACCCCGCCUCAGCCAUGGCCUACUACAAGUUCCAAAACUCGGACAACCCCUACUGCUACCCGGUGCCCGCCGACGCCUCUGGCACUCCCCCGCGCUACGCUUACCCCUACCCCGUGCCCUACUCCGGGGAGGUCUACCCGUCCCCCCCCUUCUACAACUCCUACGGGCCGGCCGGGCCGGGGAUGGUGUCCGCGGGGCCUCUGCUGUCUCCGGAGGAGGCUGAAGAGCAGGCGAGGGGGGAGCUGGGCAGGCUGCUGAGGUCGGUGGUCUCUCAGGAGCUGCAGCUGAGCAACCUGCUCUCCCGCGACCACAUCAGCCUGGAGGGCCUGGAGCGCAUGGCACAGUUCAGGGCAGAGCUGUUGGCGAUGUACGAGCGAGUGAUUCUGACCGACAUUGAGUUCUCCGACUCUCAGAAUCUCGACCAGGCACUGUGGAAGAACGUGUUCUACCAGGUGAUUGAGCGUUUCCGUCAGAUGAUGAAGGACUCUCCCACGGACACUCCUCCUUAUGUGCGCAACAUGCUCUUCACCGUACUGGAUGAGGGGGCAGCGUUCUUUGAUGCGCUGCUGCAGAAACUCCAGACUGUGUUCCAGUUUAAGCUGGAGGACUACAUGGACGGCAUGGCCAUACGGGCACGUCCUCUGAGGAAGACGGUGAAGUAUGCCCUGAUCAGUGGUCAGAGGUGUAUGAUCUGUCAGGGUGACAUCGCCAGGUACAGGGAGCAGGCCACUGACUCUGCCAACUACGGCAAGGCCCGCAGUUGGUACCUGAAGGCCCAGCAGAUAGCCCCCAAAAAUGGCCGCCCGUAUAAUCAGCUGGCCCUACUGGCUGUCUACACGAAGCGUAAGCUGGAUGCGGUGUAUUACUACAUGCGGAGCCUGGCUGCCAGUAACCCCAUCCUCACGGCUAAGGAGAGCCUUAUGGGUCUGUUUGAGGAAGCCAAACGCAAGGCGGAUGACGUGGAGCGGCGCAAGCAGCAGGAGUCUGAGGGGGCGUCCCGUGGGGCGCGGGGGCGAGGUGCAGGAACGGGGGCUGGGGGCGCAGGAGGAGGAGGGGGAGGGGGAGGGGGGCGAGGCAGCAUGGAUGCCACAAGGGAGGAGAUAUGGAUCCGACCGAGCCGGCAGCCCAGAGGUUCCUGGCCCGAGAGCGAGUCCGGAAAAGAUUCCGAUCUAGACGGAGAGCUGGGAACACUUGGCUCCAGAGAUCUUCAGAAGAGGUUUAUCCUCAGUUUCCUGCACGCCCAUGGGAAGCUCUUCACUAAAGUCGGCAUGGAGACAUUUCCUGCUGUAGCGGCUCGGGUUCUUCAGGAGUUCCGGGUCCUCCUGCAGCAUAGCCCCUCCCCUCUUGGAAGCACACGCCUACUCCAGAUCAUCACCAUCAACAUGUUCACUAUCCACUAUGCACAGAGCAGAGAUGGAGAUGGGGAUGUUCGGUCCAUACAUCAGGAGCAGGCCACAGCUCUGGGGUUGGCCAUGUUCGGGCUGCUGGUGCAGCGCUGCUCACAGCUGGUUAGAGAGGUACCUACAGACUCUGUGUGUGUGGACGGCUGUGACGUGGGCUCUAACUGCACCGACUGUGCCGUGGAGAAGAUGAUGAGGGUGUCUGCCUUCUCCCCUGACCUCCGAGAGCUCCUGCCCAGCGCCAAGGUCUGGUCCGACUGGAUGCUGGGCCAUCCCGAGCACUGGAACCCUCCGCCAAACAGCAUGGAGAGCAGUCCCAGUGUGUGGGUCUGGCUGGCUGAGUUGUGUAAUGAUCUGGCACGUGUGUACCAUGACGAGGCGGCGCUCUACAAGCAUGGGGAGGAGGGCGAGGGGGAGGGGGAGGGGGAGGAGGAUGAGGAGCUCAACCUGCUCCUGCUGCAGGAAGACCUCCUGCUGGCCGGCUUUGUGCCGCUCCUCGCCGCUCCUCAGGAGCCCUGCUACAUGGACCGCAGCACUGACAAGGCUAAUGCUGCGGACUGCAAGCGCAUCACCCAGCUGAAGUACUUCCUGGAGGCCUUGUGUGGACAGGAAGAGCCUUUACUGGCCUUCAAAGGAGGGAAGUACGUUUCCAUGGUGAAGGCCCCUGCAUCAACCAGUGAGGAGCAGCAGAAGGAAAGCCAGAGUGAUGAUGUCAUAGUGGAAGCGGAGUCGUCUGGGUCGGAGGCGGACUUGGGGUUGGAGGCGGAGCUAGCGGAUGGCAGUGAGAAUGACAUCAAAGAGCUGAGGGCCAGACGCCACGCCCUCACUCAAGAGCUGGCCCAGCAGCAGAAACGCAGAGACAAGAUACAGGAGGUGCUGCAGACGUGUCGUCGCCUGGAGCUGCGGAUCCAGCCGGUGUACCUGGUCCCCGACACCAACGGCUUCAUUGACCACCUGGUGGGCCUGAGGAGUCUGGUGGCCUGCGGCCUCUACGUGGUGGUGGUGCCCCUCAUAGUGAUCACUGAGCUGGAUGGUUUGGCUAAGGGCCAGCAGGAUGCCCGUGACGGCGGUGCCCAUGCGCGCCACGUGCAGGAGCAGGCCAGGGAGGCGGUGGCGUUCCUGGAGAAGAGCUUUGAGGCCAGGGAGCCCUGCCUGCAAGCCCUCACCAGCCGGGGCAGCCAGCUCGACUCCAUCGCCUUCCGCAGCGAGGACAUCUCCGGACAGAAGGGGACCAAUGAUGACGUCAUCCUGUCCUGUUGUCUGCACUACUGCAAGGACAAGCCCAAGGACCUGGUGCCUGCCCAGAAAGAUGGGAAGGUGCGGCUGCGCAGGGAGGUGGUUCUCCUGACGGACGACAGGAACCUGCGCGUCAAGGCGCUUACGCGGAAUGUUCCGGUCCGUGAAAUCCCGGCGUUCCUGCGCUGGGCCAAAGUGGGCUGAAGAGCGCGGUCCGUACACCGGGAGAAAACACUCGACUCGACUCGACAUCCACCCCUCCGGAGUGGAGAGAGCGACAGAUGACAAACCUCACAGAUCAGCGUGAAAGAGAGAGAGAGAGAGAGAUGGGAAGAGAAGGAGAGGGAGAAUGCUUCAUGUUUUUUUUUUUUUUUGGAAAUGUUGUUCGGGAGACUG